AUGGAUAUGGACAUGGACGUGGACACGGACAGAGACCGGGAAGCCGCAACGACGCCGCCUAGACCUGCGCCAUCCACGCCCACCGGUGGUGCCCUCGCUGCUGGCGGUGGUGGUGGUGGCGGGCACGGGAAGCUCACCGAGCCCAGACGGCGCAACCGUCCGGCCCUCUCGUGCAUCCAGUGCCGAACACGCAAGAUUCGCUGCGAUCGCAACGAGCCAUGCGCCAGCUGCCUCAAGUCCAAAAUAGUCAAUUGCACGUAUGAGGAGGCCCGGCGCCCGAAGCCCCGGCUCUGGAGGCUUUCCCCGGCGCCAGCUGCGGCUCAGUCCGACAACUCCCCAACUGCCGAACAACGGCUGGCCGCCGACUCCGGUUACACGUACAAAGAAGUGUCACUAGCCCCUGCGCCUGUUCCUGGACCUGUCGCUACCAGUGCCGCCACCGCCAACACCACCACAGCCGUUGCAGCAGGUACCGCUACCACAUCAUCCACAACAAUCGCUGCCCUCAGUCCUCCCUCCCACCCAACAUCAUACCGAGACCCAGGACCAAGGAGCAGCUCAGCAACAACCACCAACUCCACCACUACCAUCCUAACAGCCCGGACGGCAGAGCCCGUGUCUGCCCCGACCCCGGCCAUUCGGCACCUUGAACUGACCCCCAGCCACUCGGCAUCAGGAUUCGGAAACAGCACGGCUGCACUUGCCGAGAGGGUCCAACAACUUGAGCAACAACUCGCCGAGGCCCUCAGGAAUCCAGAUCGCCCUCAACACACUUCUCAAAAUGCACACGUACCUCUGCAUUGUCCGCAGGGUUCUGGCUCCAAGACCUGCCUAGCAAAUGGGGAUAAGUUUUUCCCCCUGAUCAUCAAUCUUGCCAAGAGGAUUGAAUCGGACAGAGACUCAGACAUCUACUUUCUCUUAAAGAAGUGCAAAGAUCUCUGUAGGGUGGUUAAAUCUCAAAAGGUCCCUCCUCAUGUUGGCUUCCAGCUCGGCAGCGACGUUCCACAUGAGAGCGUAGCCCGUCGGUUGGUGGAGGCGUAUUUCCGAACCUUUGAAAGCGUCUACCGAAUCCUGCACCAGCCAAGUUUCUGGCGAGAGUACAACCACUUCUGGGAGAACCGCACGGCGGCAAGCCCGGCCUUCAUUGCUCAGUUUCAGUUGUGUAUGGCCAUUGGCACGUGCUUCCAGGAUGAUGUGGCUGCUCUCCGACCGUCUGCUGCCCAGUGGAUAUACGAGGCCCAGGCCUGGCUCGCCUCACCCUGUGAGAAGGCCAGGUUGAACAUGUCGGGCCUUCAGACCAUGUGUCUGCUGCACAUUGCCAGAGAGACAUGCGGUGUCGAGUGUGACCUGACCUGGAUCAGCGCCGGGCCUCUGUUGCGGACGGCAAUGUACAUGGGACUCCACCGUGACCCGGAUAGCUUGCCUGCUAUGUCGGUGUUUCGGGCAGAGAUGAGAAGACGGCUGUGGGCGACCGUGUUGGAAAUGACGCUGCAGUCGAGCUUGGACUCUGGUGGUCCGCCCCUCGUAUCGGUGUCUGAUUAUGAUACUCGGCCGCCAAAUAAUUACGACGAUGACCAGCUGUGCGAGGGCGAUAAACCUCCUCCAAACCCCAGAUCUCCGGGGACCUUUACACAAACUUCAGUCCAGCUCGCUCUCCUACGGUCGUUUCCGACUAGACUGGCGAUUGCGCAGUAUGUUAACCACUUCAAAGCGCCAGCCACGUACGAGGAGACUCUGAAAUGGAACACGGAACUCACCGCCGCCUGUCGAGCACUAUCGGCCACACUCCAGCAGUCGUACGAUCCUGCUGGCAUCCUCCCGAGGCGUCUGUCUUUGUUUCAGCUUCGACUGGCCGAGCAUAUGGUGCAUCGUUUCUUUCUGGCUCUGAAUCACCCAUGGCUGUGGGCGGCGCAGCAUAAUCCAGCCUACUACUUUGCACGCAAGAUGUGUGUAGAGACAUCGUUGAAAUUGUAUCGGGCCUUUGCUACCGGGUCACCGGCUGGGGACUCGGGGACCGCCCGGGAAACUGAUGACUUUACGAGGUUGUCCACCUGCGGGUAUGGGGCAUUCCGGUCAGUCCCCACGCUCGCUGUUUUGACCAUUUGUUUGGAGCUGUUGUGGCAGGUGCAGGAGGACCGGUCAUUCCGCCAGAGUAUGAACCUCGACCAUGUGCUUGAAAGGCCGGGUUCCGAGGCGGAUUUGGGCACAACGGGUCCCCUUAGCAUUGGAAGUGGCGCUGCCCCGCGCCAGGAUCUGCUCGACGCUGUCAAGUACUCCAUCGGGUGGACAGUGCGCCGUAUCCGAAUGGGAGAGACAAAUAUCAAGGGAUAUCUCAUGUACUCUGCUCUCUGGAGUCAGGUCCAGGCUCUCCAGAAUGGCGCUUCUGAUGCUGAGGCGGAGGAGCAGGUGCUGGCUUCCAUCGCAGAUGAGCUGGGCCAGUGCUGGCACCUGCUGCAGGAGGCUGCUGGCGGAAAGCUACCUCUUUCCAUGAUCGGGGCUGCAUUGAAUGGUGGAUACGGACCCGGGAGAAACCCAUUCGAAGACUCCAAGAUGGAUUGCAGCUACGGGUGGGAUAGCGAAGGCUCGCUCUGUGAUCAAGGCUUCGACUCCAUCUUUAACUUUCACAACGCCGACUUUUUUAUAGGGACGUGA